GGCGGGCUCCCUGUGGCCUUUGGAGGCUCGCGAGUCGGCUCCAAAUGUUUUCCAUAUUUGUUCAGCCUGCGUAAUUCGAAUACCAGGGCCGGCUCAGCCCGCUGCGCCGCGCUCGGGGCCCGGAGCGCACGCACCCACCCACCCAGCCGCCACCCACGCAGCGGCCAUGGGCAAGGACGAGCAGCCCCGCGGCCAGCAGAGACGGGGGGGGCCGCCGGCCGCGGACGCCGCCGGGCCCGACGACAUGGGGCCGAAGAGCGCAGGGGCCCCCAAGGAGAGCCGGGAGGAGGAGGCCCGGACGUGCUGCGGCUGCCGGUUCCCGCUGCUGCUCGCCCUGCUGCAGCUGGCCCUGGGCAUCGCCGUGACCGUGGUGGGCUUCCUCAUGGCGAGCAUCAGCUCCUCCCUGCUAGUCAGGGACACUCCAUUUUGGGCUGGGAUCAUCGUCUGCUUAGUGGCCUAUCUUGGCUUGUUUAUGCUUUGUGUCUCGUAUCAAGUUGACGAACGAACAUGUAUCCAGUUUUCUAUGAAAUUGUUGUACUUUCUGCUGAGUGCCCUAGGCCUGAUGGUCUGUGUGCUGGCCGUGGCCUUUGCUGCCCAUCACUAUUCACUGCUCACACAGUUUACCUGUGAGACCACAGUGGAUUCCUGCCACUGCAAACUGCCCUCCUCGGAGCCGCUCAGCAGGACCUUUGUUUACCGGGAUGUGACUGAGUGUACCAGCGUCACUGGCACUUUCAAACUGUUCUUACUCAUCCAGAUGAUUCUUAACUUGGUCUGCGGCCUUGUGUGCUUGUUGGCCUGCUUUGUGAUGUGGAAACAUAGGUACCAGGUCUUUUAUGUGGGUGUCAGGAUGUGUUCCCUAACGACUUCUGAAGGCCAGCAGCAAAAGGUCUAACAUUCUCAUUCAAACUUGAGAGAGAAAAAGCAUACUGAGUAGCUGAGGUAAAAUCAUUUUUUUAAACAAAGAAAGAAAAAAAAACCUUUUGUUAAUAAAUAAUAUUCACUGUUAUAAAUGAAUAUUUUUAUAUUUUCCAGACAACAAAAGAACAUUUCUUCAGGUUUCUCUUGUAUUUUUUUUUAACAUUCUUGUGGCAAAAACAGGAUCCAAACUGAUUUUGAGAUAUUAAAAGUUGAAAGAACACUGAACAGGGAAAGAAUGGCACAGAUCUGCCUUGAUAGUCUGGAGUUUAUUCCUAUUACUCAUUUUAUCCCUUACUUACAUAAUCUCCUUUCCUAUUUGAGGGUGUGAAGUGUGAAUUUCAGGCCCGUUUGCUAAAUUUUGUAGACUCUUCCUCCGGUCCUUCCUACCUCUGGCUAUGACCCUCACUAUGUCUUGGAGAAAGGCGGAGAUGAAUGAAGAACUGACUCUCUUCAUUUUCUUCUAGCAGAGCUGUCUUUAAGGCAUGAAAUAGCUUAAAGGAGCAGAGUAGAAAAGGAUGAGACUUUGUGAAAAGGCUAAAUAAUUAUAAACACCUGGGUUGGGGCAGUGGCCUUCUCUCUUCAGGCUCCCUUAGUUUGACUCCGUAAGCAGAUCACUCACUAAAUGCUUCAGAUGAUUGUCUGCCUCGCAAUAAUUGAAAGGUGGGGGUAGUUGUAUUCUUAAUGAUGUAGAAGGUUUAAAAAUAAUUACAUUCUGCUUCUUUUCUAUCAUCUAAAACAAAUCAUUAAAACUAAUUUCUAGCUAAUUGUUAAUUAUAAUUAUGCUCAGAAGUCUAUUUAACGAGUUCCUGGCUGUAUUUAUGCAGCACUGUCAGUGUUAAGAGAAAUUACUCUCACAAGAGAAGAGGCCUAAAGAUUCUUUCUUCUGAAAGCCAAGCACCACAAGGAAAAAAAUUAUUAAUAGUUCAGGUUAAAAACACUCAUUUAAACAAUAACAAGAGUAUUUGUAAUAGGAAGUGUUUAUACAAAUAGCACAUUCGUGACAUGUUGAAAAGUAUCUCUCUUGGCAACCAAGUACGUUUUAGGAAGAUUGGGUAAUGCUGAUGUGUUCCAUUCACGAAAUUGUAUUUGAUAUACAGUCCUUUUAUUGAUUUGUAUGCACAAUCAAGCUACAGGCUCAAAAUAAUGUUUUGAUGUUCUUAUUUGAACAAUUAAUUUUUGACUUGGAGCAUAGUCUUUGUUUUGUUUUGUUUUUGAGUGACUAUGGUUUAAAGCACAAGUGCCCUAAAGUGGGAGACUUCUUUCUGUUAUUAUUGUUAUUAUUAUAUUCUGAAUUAUAUCAAUGUUUUAAGCAAGUCGAAAUGGAAAUUCAUGCAGCGUAAAUGUUACCAGGAACUUUAUUAUUGUUAUCUGUUGAAAGCAGAAAUUUAGAUGACAGCCGAGCUCAUUUGCCUCUUCACAUUGCCUAUUAAUAUACUUUACUAAUCAUGAAAUUCUACCUAAAAGAAAAAUAUUUUGUUGCCUUAGAAGAGAGGUGAAUAAUUCCAUUGAUUGUGGUAGUGUUAAUUUCUACACAAUAUAAAUAUCCAAGGAAAAAGAGAAACGAUAAGUCAGUAAGCUAGAGGAUUGUAAAUAUCUUUUAUGUCCUCCAGAUAAAACACCUGAUUAACAAAUGUUAAAACCUUUUUGUGUUUUGACUUGCUUUAAAAAUGGCCUUCCUGCACAUUAGCUCAGACCAAAAAGGCUCAUUGGAGAGCUUAGUGGAUAAGUCUUUGGAGCAGAAUUGAUCACACACAUAAAUUACAUUGAUAGAAUACCAAGCAUCCCGAUGAUGACCUGAAAAAUACUUUGUGCCCUGUU